CUCAGAUAACUCAAGUUUAGACAUUCUCUAAUGAAGUCACGAGCAAAAACCACACACUUUCUUACAAUAAGAGAAAUAAAACUUUUGUAGCUUUCAAAUACAUAGACAAUCAAAUACAGUGACGGUUAUUCAUGCUCAAAUCGACUCUUCUAUUGCCACGAUAGUCAGUAGUCACGUGGGUGCACGUGAUCACUUUUCAAUCCGGUAGUAUAAUUAUCAUCAAUCAUGGAUAGCAGUCUCAGAAUUAGAAGACGAAGUCUCAGAUCAGCCAAAAAGAGUGACGAUAUCGAUAUAGCAUUGGAGGAGCCAGGGGUUUAUAAAAAGGAGAAGGGGCCCUUAUCAAGAAAGCGUGGCCGUCCUGAUUCUCCUGAAUCAACCUCAAGGAAGGGUGGGGUUGUCAUUCCGCUCAGACCGGCUUUGGCUACGGUCAGGGGAAGAAGAAAACCAUUGGAAAUACAUGUAGCUCAAGUCAGAUUGCACGCUUCCUCAGUUCCUGACAACAUCACAUGUCGAGAGAAAGAGUUCGCAAAUAUAUGUACUUUUAUUGAGAGCAAGUUGAUUCAGAGAAACGGAGGGUGUAUCUAUAUAUCUGGAGUGCCUGGCACUGGAAAGACAGCUACUGUCUAUGAGGUAUCACAGCAUUUGAUUAAGAAGUCAUCCAAGGAUAGGACAUUGCCUCAUUUUAAGUUCAUCGAGGUCAACGGACUCAAAUUGACUGAGCCUAAAGAAGCCUAUGUAUCGAUUUUAAAGCAACUAACGGGUGAGAAGGCUUCAGCUAGUAAGGCUGCUGAUUCUCUUGUUGAAUAUUUCAAUACAACAAACAAGCAAAGGUCGCCAAUUGUACUACUAGCUGAUGAACUGGACAUGUUGUGUAAUAAGAAUCAGUCUGUUAUAUAUAACUUAUUUGAGUGGACUAGUCGUCCCAAAUCUAAACUAAUAGUAGUGGCAAUUUCCAAUACUAUGGAUCUCCCAGAAAGAGUCAUGUCCAGUAGAAUCUCAAGUAGACUGGGUUUCACAAGACUAACAUUCUAUCCAUACACUUUCAAUGACCUGCAGCAGAUUGUCACUAACAGGAUGGUCGGUCUUAAAGUCUUUGAACCUGAUGCUGUCCAACUGGUUGCAAGAAAAGUUGCUUCAGUUACUGGAGACGUGCGCAGGGCCCUUGAUAUCUGUCGGAGAGCAACAGAGAUAGCAGAGGAAGAAGGAAAGAGUCUUGUUGGCAUGAUGGAAGUUAGUAGUGCCAUACAAGAGCUAUUCUCCUCACCGCUAAUAAUGGCAGUGAAGUAUUCCUCAUUUAAUCAGAGGUUCUUUCUACAAGCUCUUAUAGCUGAGUUUAAAUCAACUGAACAGGAGGAAACAACAUUGAAACUGACUACAUCUAGAAUGAACAGUUUGCUCACCUCCGAAGGCAAUGAACCUCUAUCCUAUGGAGAAAUCCUCUCGGUAGCGACGACACUCUGGUCAAUGAGAGUGAUACUUAUUGAAACUAGUGGGAAUCAUCAGCAAAUUUAUUCAAAAAUAAGACUAAACAUGUCACAAGAGGAUGUAGAAUUUGGUUUAAAAAAUGCAGUGCCAUUGAAAUAUUAAAAAAUUAAGAACUAUGUAUGCAACAUUUAUUUGAUCAUUAAUACACCCCACCAUCGUUGAUUUGAUGUUUUUGAUUUUAAGUUUUAUCAAAUAAUAUUAUAUAUUUAUU